GCGUCGAGUUUCCAAGAUGGCGACGCCACUGAUGACUCGCGCGAAAUAGACGUGUACGCAGUGGCGGACGCGGUUACGUUUGAUGCGGCGGUUCCGCACGUCAGCCUCGCGCUCGGAAAGAUUGCGUGUCACCUGUGACACAUGGAGAAAGCAAUGUCGGAACAACCGGCUUCGCAAACGCAAACGGAAACCGUCUCCGAGGCGGACGUCACCGAUUCCGGAUCGCAGGAUGUGCCUACUGUACGAUUACGUCUACGAAAACCAAAAUCUAGCAAAAAGGUUCAAUGGACUCAAGGGACCGUUGAUAAUGAACAUUUAAAUAAGAAGAAAUCAAAAUGUUGUUGUAUUUAUGAGAAACCAAAGACCUUUGGCGAAAGUAGUUCCGAGGAUAGCGAUGACGAGUGCGAACAUUGCCAUGGACAUAAAGAUGCUCAUAAGAAAGUCUUACCUAAGGCUGGAGAUGCUGCUCCAGAUGGAAUGUCAUCACAUCCUGAACCGAUUGCAACGGGCUCAACAUAAAUAUUUAUACAUGCUUAUUGACGAAUUUUUCCUAAAUGGAGAAUAAAAUACUUUUGUGCUAUUUCUUGAGUCAGUGUCAGAGGAAACACGAUCGAUUGUAGAUAUGCAAACCUUAAGUGAUUUUGCACCGGUACAUAUGGCAUAUGUAUCAUAAUGCUUCAACAAUAUAUUGCACGGAGGAUUAUAAAAUGUUGCCCAGGCUGUUGAUUAUACAAAAUCACGAAAAUAGUAAAAGUCGUCCCCCUUAGAAAGUAAUAACCAUUCCUUAUCUUUGUAUCAACGUGUUAAUGUUGAUUUUCUCAUAUCUGUGUUAUAUCUGAGAGAUACGUCAUGCUAGAAGAUAACAUUAAUUGUCUCUUAAUUCGUCUUUUAUUAACAUUCACUUUAAUUACAGUAUUUUCUCACAUAUUUCGUUAUCAGCAAAUGAAACUCGGAAUUACUUUCUAGUACACAGAACAGGUGGCAACACACGUCAAUGUUAUAACUUUUGGUUUUGAAGUUGUUUGUUACAUUAUGUCUGUAAUUUUAUAGCGCAGUUACAUAUAACACAUGGGAAAUCUCAGAUGAAAUACUAUCAAUAUUGCAAGAAUGACAAGAAAAGAGAAUAUAAAAUAAUAUACAUUUACAUUUAUUCAUUGUUUUUCCUGUUCAGUACAAGUAGAUAAAAUUUACAAAUAAUUCAAAUAUACAUAAAGAUAAAACUAAGUAAAAAAAGAGAAUCUAGCAUUGCAUCGUGAACGUUGCGGUAAUAAAACGUUUAAUAUUCAUUGUGCACACACACCCAGUAAAAGUUCCAAAUCCGUAAUUUCAUUUCAGAAGAUAAAUUUCGGAGAUACGAACAAUUUACAGCACGCAGUUACGCGAAUUAUCUUCAAGAUCAUGUUAAAAAAAUGGUCUGAUGAUGAUUGCUCUGAGCAAACACGAUGUAAUUUAAAAAUUUUCUCUCUCUCUCUCUCUAAUCUUGCGUUAUAAUUGUAGAUGUGACAAUAUAUUCCUUUAUGUUAUCUAUCUUUAACAACAUUCCUAGCGACUUUCUUUUAAACAGUACUCUUAAGUAGUACUAGUGAGAUUUCAUGUUCUCGACUAACCGAAUGAGAAAGGAAGAUCUACACGUGCGCAUUUUCCGGAUGAUCGAAAAAUAGAUUCUGAUCAUUUGUGCUUUCUCACACAAUAAUAAGUAUUCCUGGACGAUUUUGUAUAGUACAAACUUAAGUGCGAGAAUAUUUACCUUUAAGCUCUUGUAAAAAUAAAUCGUUUAAAUCG